AUGAGGACGCACAGUGAGGACCGUGUGGCCGGGAACGUGCAACCCAUCAAGAGACUGGACCAAGACCUCAGGACCCACCACGUCCCCGCUGCAGCAAUGGCUCCAGGUCCCUGCAUCCCCCCUGCGAUCUUGGCUGUGGCGUUGCUGCUGCUGGGCCUGCACUGGCCUCGGGAAGCAGCUGCGUUCCCCCCCAUGCCGCUGUCCAGCCUGUUCGCCAACGCAGUUCUGCGGGCUCAGCACCUCCACCAGUUGGCCGCCGACACCUACAAGGAGUUUGAGCGGGCGUACAUCCCUGAGAGCCAGAGGCAUGCCGCUCAGAGCUCCCAGGCAGCCGCCUUCUGCUUCUCGGAGACCAUCCCGGCCCCAACCGGCAAAGAUGAGGCCCAGCAGAGAUCAGACGUGGAACUGCUCCGCUUCUCGCUGCUGCUCAUCCAGUCGUGGCUCAGUCCCGUGCAGUUCCUCAGCCGCGUCUUCACCAACAGCCUGGCCUUCGGCACCUCCGACCGCGUCUACGAGAAGCUGCGUGACCUGGAGGAGGGUGUCCAGGCCCUGAUGCGGGAGCUGGAGGACGGGAGCCCCCGGGGGGGCCUGGUCCUACGGCCCACGUAUGACAAGUUUGACACGAACCUGCGCAGCGAAGACGCCCUGGCCAAGAACUAUGGGCUUCUGUCCUGCUUCAAGAAGGACCUGCACAAGGCAGAGACCUACCUGCGUGUCAUGAAGUGCCGGCGCUUCGUGGAAAGCGGCUGCACUCUCUGA